AUGGUCAACUGGGGAAUGAUUGGGGCCAUCAUAUCGCCCAAUGUUGGCGGUUGGCUUGGCGCUCUAACAAUGAGCGGCAAGGUGAAACAGCCCGAUGGUAAGGCGUGGUACCAGACGCUGAACAAACCUUCUUGGACUCCACCCUCCUGGCUGUUCGGACCUGCAUGGACAGCACUAUACAGCGGCAUGGGUUAUGCUUCGUACCUCGUUUAUACAGAGUGUGGUGGUUUAACAGAUGACGCUGUUCUUCCACUGUCGUUGUACGCUGGUCAGCUGCUGCUCAACUGGACUUGGACCCCUAUUUUCUUCGGAAAACAAAAAAUUGGAUUGGGUUUCGCCCACAUGCUAGCACUGGACGCGACAGCAGUGGCGUGUACCUACAGCUUCUACAACGUCGACCCGACCACCGCCUACUUCAUGGUGCCUUACCUCGGCUGGCUGUCCUUCGCGACCUGCCUCAACUACUCAAUAUGGCAGCGCAACAAGCCCAAGCCUAAGAUUUAA